AUCAAUUAUCACUAUAUACUGCUAUCUUUCAACUUUCAAGUUUCAUUAACUGCGUCUUUGUCUGUCACACUCUCCUCACCUUCUGCACCAUAACUUUCUCUCAAAAACAACUCAAUUGAACAUAAACAAUGUCCACUCCAUAUUACAAUACUCCUCUUCUGCAUCCGCGUCUGCAUCUUCUUCUCCUUAUUAUUAUUAUUGCACUCAUUUCCCCAUCUUCCUCUUCUCUUCAUUCAACGGACCUCAAAGCUCUUCUCUCCAUCAAGAACACCCUCACCGAAGUCUCACCCACGAAGUCAUUCUUCUCCACGUGGAACCUCACCGCACCUGAUCCCUGCUCCUCCUUCUCCGGCGUCACGUGCUUCCUCUCCCGCGUCACCAUCCUCUCCCUCGGCACCACCUCCCUCCCACUCGCUGGCACCCUCCCCGCCGAGUCAAUCUCCCAACUCACCGAGUUGACUCAGCUCAUCCUCUCCCCCGGAAUAGUCACCGGCCCCAUCCCUCCCCAACUCGACCGACUCACCAAGCUCCGAGUCAUCUCGCUCCCUUCCAACCGCUUCAAUGGCCCCAUCCCUUCCUUCUCUUCUCUCGUUAACCUCCACACCCUCGACCUGAGUCACAACCAACUCGCCGGGUCACUCCCACCGAGUCUCACCGAGUUGCCCCAACUCAAAGUCCUCAUCCUCGCCUCAAACACCCUCACAGGCACAUUACCCAGAACCGUCACCUCGCCGUUACUCCACCUAGACCUAAAAAACAACCAAUUAACAGGACCGUUACCAAUCUCGCUUCCGUCAUCUCUCCGUUAUUUGUCACUCUCACAGAACCUCAUGUGGGGCCCUCUCACCAACGGGUUAGAAACCCUCUCAGAGUUGGUCUUCCUGGACCUUAGUAUGAAUCAUUUCAGCGGGCCCAUCCCGGCCCAACUAUUCUCUUUUCCCACGCUCUCCAACAUAUUCCUCCAACGGAACAAUUUCUCUGGUGGGCUUGGACUUGAGCUUGAAUCCGGAUCAUCUGGACCUGGACUCAGACCCAAGCCCGGAUCGAUAGUCGAUCUGAGCCAUAACGCUCUGAGCGGAGAGCUCUCCACCGUGUUUGAUGGCGUGGAGAGCCUGUUCUUGAAUAAUAACAAGUUUGUUGGGAGCGUGCCGGAGGUGUACGUUAAGAGCGUGUGCCGCGGCAGCACCAGAACGUUGUACCUUCAGCACAACUACCUCACGGGGAUUCCGAUGCGGGAGGGAACGCUGGUCCCCGAUACGGCGUCGUUGUGCUUGUCCUACAACUGCAUGGUGCUGCCGCCGACGGUGAUGAUGACGUGUCCAGUCAGCGCUGGCGGGAUGUCGGCGAGACCGGAGGCACAGUGCUCCGUGUUUAACCAUCUAGGUUAAUCGGAUUGGAUUGAAUUGUUUGGUGAUGUUACUUUUUAUAACUACAUCUUAGUCAUUCACUACACUUCAAUGUUUUGCUUUUUUUCCUUUUUUGGAUUUUGAUUGAUAACGUAAGGUGUAUUUUGUAAAAUGGCGAAGCUGAGUGAUGUCAUGAAACAAGUACUUUUUUUUGUUUUUUUUUUUGUGGCUGAUUGUGUGUUAUAGUUUUAUGAGGUUAAAAUUUUAAUUGAAUUAUUGAGGUUUCAGUUGUC